UUUCUUUUUCUCUUUGGUUUAACACCAAAAAUUUUGUUUUUACUAAAUAUUAACUAUUAAGAAUGAGAUUCUUUGGAUUGAUUCUGGUGAAUACUGAUUAUUGGAGUGCUAGGGAUAGUUAGAGUAUUGGAAUUGAUGUGGUUAUGGUGGCUAGGGUUAGGUUUAAAGCUAGGACUUGGAGGACAAGGAGGGAACGAAAAAAUUUCCUUUUAGUUUCUUGGUCUGUGAGAGCAAUGAAAUGCAGGGUAUAUAAGUGUUUCUUUUCUGUAUAUCCUUCUGAAUGUAAGUGUGAACAAUGCAUUUUGGGGAUUGUAAGUAAGAAUCCUCAAAACUUAGUAUCCUGGUCGCUUAUUACGGAUUCUGAUUGAGUAGUGAGAAAUCUCGAUAAAUUCGAUUACUAGAAUAGACCAAAAAUUAAAGGCUUUGUGCAUGUGGCUAUUGAAUAGGCUGCUCAAAUUUCUGCACAUUCAACAAAAAAGAUAACUGCCAUAAGUUUUUUUUGGUUCGUCUGUAGCUCUUGCAUUGUUGGGUUCAGAUAUUGUAUUUAUAAAUGCUACGACAAUGUAAUAUCUAUCCGGCAGAAAUUAGACUGAGAGGAGAAAAGAAGCUAACUGGUAAACAAAUUUUGCCUAAGAUGUUCCAUUCUUGCAGACCCUCUGGGAAACAGGGAAGCAAUGACAAAAAUUGACGGGGUCAUUUUAUAAUCAACAGAGAAUGUUGAAGUGGAAAUUGAAUGGUAGACAUCCUAUAAUGGAAUGAAAACAAUUGAACAAAUUUAUACUAGUACCAAACAUUGCAUUGGUAUAUAUACAAUCCUAUACACUUAAUUAGAAAUGUAGAUUCGACUUGUCAAAUAUGUGUAUAGUUAAGUCGCUCGUAGAAGACCCUUCUUCUGGUAAUGAGAACUGGUUAAGUAUAAGAUUAGAUGGUUAACUUGAUUUAUUGUUCCAAACUCUGCUUUCAUCUCUCUUGAAUGAUUGCUUCACCAUAAUUCUUAUCAAAAGAGUAGUAGUCAAUGAUGCUUAUGUGCUAAAAACUUCUUUAAUUUGGUUAAAGAUUAUUGAGAACACUCCAAAACUGAUCCAUAGUCUGUUCACGGUUGUUUCCUGGUUUUAUCCAGUAAAAAAGGGGAUAAAUUGGUUAAGUUUGUCACCGAAGGGGUAUAUGUAUGCAUCCAGUAGGUUUUUUAUGUGUGUGCCUUUUGUGUGAACUGGUAUAAAUUAGUAAACCACAACCAAACCAUCUCUUGUCUAGUCUAAAAUAGGGAGAUCAGGUUUGGGAAUGGCGAGUAAUUGAUUUAAACUCUUGUUUGAGGUCAUGUUCACAUGACAAGUUAGAAGGAUGUCAUUAUGAAACUAGGACAUAUGGUUUAAAGAGUGUGUUGUCUCUUAAGCAUGAAGUUCUUAGUUACCAGUGGAUUAGCAAAUCUUUAAAGCAGUUAAAAGACAUCCAAUGGUUUACCAGAUUAAGUUAAAUUUAAAUUAGUUGAACAAUAGACCUGGUUGAUUUAUUCAUUCAAGAAGUGAAUUGCCUGAUUUAAAACUUAGUAAAAGGGCAUAAAAUAUAUUCGUCAUAUCUGCUGAGUUUCUCAUAUUGGUACACUGUAAGUGUUUCUUUGCCUUCUUUACUUUUUUUCUUUAUUUAGGAUAUGUAUAUCUGAGUAUCCUGGUCACUUCAAGAUAUAGUGAAUAUAAUUUUGAUAUAUCCCCUUGAGAGAUAUAUUUAGAAAAAUUAUUUGGUAACUAAAUAAAAAGUAUGUAAUACUGCUAUGUAGUCUAACAUCAACUAGAAUGAUUUUCUGCAACUGUGACAAUAAUAUUUGACAUUGCAUGUCAUCUUUGACUGAACUUAUAUGAAACAAAAGAGAAAACCUGGACAAGCUUUAACUUUGUUGUAUAGGUUUUGGGAAAAGAAAGUAUGAGUUAGAGUUGAUUAUGAACAUUAGAAUUCCACAAUGUCUUAUAAACAUUCAAUAGAUUACUUGGAAGCUGGAAAUUACCGGUCCAUUGAGCUGUUCAAGAUCUUUGCAUGGUUAAGCCUGGUUAAAUUCCUGAUUUGAAGGGGAGGUGUAAUAUACUUAGACAUAUGAGAAGUAACUAAUUUCUGAUGCACUAAUAUACUACAAAUUUUUUUAUAUUAUUGAAAGCUUUUAAAUAAAUCUUACUUGCCCAAUGGAAAAAAGUCCAGCUUAUGAUUGAUGUUUAUAAAGAAGCUAAAUUCACAAUAAAAAACUAUCUCUUUUUCUUUGUGAAAUUAAGAAUGUACAGGAUGCAAUCCUAAUGAAAUAUUACAUUACGUGAUGGAAAAUCUAAGUCUUGCUUUGUUUUGAUAAAGAAGUUAUAUUAAUUUUUAUUUAUCUUUCGUAAUUUUGUAUAUGUUCUCAUUUUUUUUCAAUUGUGAUCAUCAUGAUAACUUUCAUCAUUCAACAGAGUUCUUAGACUAAGAAUGAGUUUCGCUUAGACAUCAAUUAAUUUAUCUAAUGUGAGACAUUUACAGAGAAUGCUUGGUUUUUUGAGAAACAUUAGUAUUAAAGAAACAUCCACCUUAUCAAUAUUAAAGAAACAACCACCUUCCUCCAAUGAUCCAUUUUCUAAGUUAAAAGAGAGAAAACAUCAGAGUUUUGAGGCAUCAGGUUCUAAAAAUGGAACAAAAGACCUUAGAAUUAGAGAGACAAGAGAGUGAUGGUGGCCUUCAGGAAAAUAAAAAGAUAGGCAAUAAAUGGGGUGUUGAAGCAAAAAAGGUGUGGCAUAUAGCAGGACCAGCUAUUUCAAAUGCAGUAUCUUUGUUUUCUCUUGAAUUUGUCACAGCUGCCUUUGCUGGAAGAGUGGGAGAUUUAGAGCUUGCUGCUGUCUCAGAAGUUCAUAAUGUUAUAGCUGGCUUUGUCUAUGGAGUCAUGCUAGGGAUGGCAAGUGCUCUGGCAACACUUAGUGGUCAAGCAUGGUCAAUAGUGGGAGCUGGACAGUUCAACAUGCUUGGAGUUUACUUGCAAAGAUCAUGGCUCAUUACUGGAUUUACAUCUUUGUUGCUCACCCCAGUUUUCGUCUUCACCUCGCCGAUACUAAAGUUUCUACGUCAAGAUAAAGACAUUUCAAAUCUUGCAGGAAAAUACGCGAUUUGGAUAAUUCCUCAAAUGUUUUCAUAUGCACUCAACUUUCCUAUGCAAAAGUUUCUUGAAUCUCAGAGUAAAGUUUGGUUCAUGGCCAUUAUUUCCAUGAGAGGAUUGGCAAUUCAUGUAUUGCUAAAUUGGAUUCUUGUUUUAAAGGCGGGACAUGGGCUUUUCGGUGCUGCAAUUGCUGGAAAUACCUCUUGGUGGCUUUUGAACAUUGCGCAGUUUGUUUACAUAAUUUCGGGCUACUUCCCAGAGGCAUGGACCUGUUUUUCAUGUCUGGCUUUCAAGUCAUUGACUAAUUUUGUGAAGCUAUCACUUGCCUCUGCAAUAAUGGUGUGUUUAGAGCUUUGGUACUUCACAACAGUGAUUCCAAUGGUAGGAGGCUUGAAAAAUGCUACAAUUUCUGUUGACGCUAUAUCAAUAUGUCUUGGCUUGCAACUGUGGACACUGACGGUUGCCUUUGGUUUCACUUCAUCAACCAGGUUAGUUGUUUCACCUUAACCGUGCAAAACAGCAACUAAUGAAAACUAGGAGUUAUAGUUUUCAAGCAUGUACCAUUUAUGUGAUUUUGGUUAGUAAAGCUAAGUAGCUAACUAAGAUAAUACUCCCUCCAUCCCAAAAAGAUUGCCCUCCUUUGACUUGGCAUAAAGUUUAAGAAAUAAAGGUGAAGACUUGUCGAAAUAUCAGCUGAUCCGAUCUUUAUAAGUUUUCUUAUAGAAAUUUACUUUAUCUUUUUUUACAGGAUUUGAAGACUUGAGGUUACAGUCAAGACACAAGUGUUGAAGACGAUCUUUAUAAGUUUUCUUAAAGAAAUUUACUUUACGUUUUUUAUGGGAUUUGAAGACUUGAGGUAACAGUCAAGACACAAGUGUUGAAGACUUCAUAUAUGUUGAUAAAUUGGUUUACAUUUUGCUGGGCAAUUAGAAAUUUGCUAUAUUUUUGUUAAGCAUCAGCGUAAGCAGUACUAUGAUAUAGACAUUAUGGUUGUGCAGUUACUAGUGGGA